GUAACUUGUUUAUGUGUCAUUUCUUAAACGCACUCAACGUUAAGACAAGUAAACAGAUAGAUCUCGACAAUAGACAGUGAUUUGGUAGAGAUUUAACUUGUUGUAAUCAUCAAGUUUAGUGCCAAAAACAUUAGCUUUACCAAGCAAUUUGCUUCAGUAAUUACGAAUUCUUAUUAUUAGUGAUUCAUCUUGGAAAAUUAACAAUAUUUCAUUUAGAAUCGAGAAUAUGAAGAUGGUAUUAGGGAUGCAGAAAUCACACUAUUCCGAGGAGUCAUCUGUAGGACAUAAGGAGGAGGGCUUAGAAGUUAAAAGUGGCAGCCUUCACAUGGUCCAAUGCUGUAGUGGACACCUUGUAAAGUUACCAGUAUUAGUUCAAGUGUAUAAAAACUGUUUCGAACAUUAUGCUGUUAUUUACAGAGACGCUAAAUAUACAAGUUCAGCUGUAUAUCUCAGUCUGAAGAAUUGUAAAGUGUUCAAAUGUGAUAAUGAUAAUAACGAGAUAAUGUUGGUCCAGAAUGAUAUAGAUGGAAGUAGUUUAACCCUACAGGUCAACAGUAAGAAAGAUGUAAAUGAAUGGAUUUCAGUGUUACAAUCCGGGUCUUCAACGAAAGGGUCUGGGUCUCCGACAUUCAGAAGAGCUGCUUUGAUGCCUGUACUGCAGGAAUCGUUAGAGGAAGAUAGUGAGGAAGAAGAAGUUGAAAGUUGAAGUAUUUUAACUCUUGACUGACUUUUCAACGAAAACAUCAAGUUUUCACACAAACUAUUGGUGAUUUCCUGAAUCAUGUAGUAAUGUGAAGAGAAUUUACACAUGACUAAGUUACAUUCCACUUAACACGUAACUUUCCUAGUCAAAAGGGAUUGGAGAAUAUCUUUUGUGGGUAUUGUAACAUUUACCGUCAUAUUGAACUUUCGCAGUGAAAGAAAUAUGUUGUGUAAAAUAGUGACACUAUUGUUUGGUGCUAUUUCGGUUGUUAAUAAGAUUAAACACAACGAACAAUAAGACUUAACUGUGAAUAUCAGAAUUCCUAUUUGUGUAGUGUUCCUAUAUGGUGCUAUGGCACUCUUGACUACUAUAUCUUAUACUUAUUUGUACUUAUGGCUUAAGUUUGAUAUCAGUCGCUUUCAUCAAGGUAAUCAGAUCAUAAGAUGUAAACAUUUUUAUUCUUUUCGUUACAAACAAACGUAACAAUAUUUUAUUUCUGUAUCAUUUUGCAUUUUCUACGAAAACAAUGUCGGUCAUCUAUCCUCUUACAAAUUUGAAAUCCAUCGCCCACUAUCGUUCAUUUAGGGAUUCCUAUUUAUAUAAUUCUUCAUUGUUUAGGAAUAAAGCAGGUUAAUAAGGGUGUUAUAUGAUAUAGGAAAUGACUGUAGGAGAUAAAGACACGAGGUCUACCUGAGUGCAAUAUUUACCUGUUUAUGGAGUGUUUAUAGGGGUAUAUGCGUCACUGCCCGUUAUUAUAAUGGAUUGAAGUAUUUAAAUGCCUACCCUUCUCAUGCUCAUUGUUAAAACACUCGUCGUCUGUGAUAUCUAUUAUUAUUUAUUUGUUUUUAAUACAUGUAUUUUUAUAUGUUUUUAAUGUUGAAUAAAAAGUAUGAAAAUUA